AUGGAGUCUUUUUCGAGCAUUGUGUCCUUGACAUAUGCUCGUAGGCGACAAGCCUCAUCUCCAUUGCAGACAGGCUGCUUCACGAAGCACAAACUCAAUGGAGUCUUUUUCGAGCAUUAUGUCCCUGACAUACGCUCACAGGCAACAAGCCUCAUCUCCAUUGCAGACAAGUUGCUCCUCGAAGGAGAAACUCAAUGGAGUUUUUUUCGAGUAUUAUGUCCCCGACAUAUGCUCUCAGGCGACAAGCCUCAUCUCCAUUGUAGACAGGUUGCUCCACGAAGCACAAACUCAAUGGAGUCUUUUUCGAGCAUUGUGUCCUUGACAUACGCUCGCAGGCGACAAGCCUCAUCUCCAUUGCAGAUAGGCUGCUUCACGAAGCACAAACUCAAUGAAGUCUUUUUCGAGCAUUGUGUCCCUGACAUACGCUCGCAGCUUCAUCUGCUAUCUGCUCUUCAACUGCUUCUGCAUCCACAACAUUGCUCUGCUCACUUUGAGCAAGGGCAAGUCAAGAUAAAGCUGCUUACCGUCUUCAUGUUCGAGAGGGCAACAAGGAGAAGUACUAUUCCUGCAAUCCAAGUAUCCCACCUUGUACGCAUUAGCAACGAUCUCAUGCUUGGAUGCCUCCGUGGCUUCAACAUGAGUGUCGAACUUGACCAGCGGAGCUAUCACCAACUUCUGGAUCGGCAGUUCGCGCAACUUAAGGACUCUUUGCUCGAGCAGACGACUCUUUAG